AUGGCGGCUGAACAACGACGUGUUGGAUGUCCUGGCGACGAGUCUGUUAACAGUCUUCAAUUAGUUGACGUCCCAUUGACCACCGGCACUGGCACAAUCCUUUGUGACGUAUCGACUCCUUUUCAUCGCCCUUAUGUGCCUGCCUCGAUGCGUCAAGCUGUUUUUCAAACUCUCCACGGACUCUCCCAUCCUGGGAUUCGAGCCUCACAGAAGCUCCUCGCGGAAAGGUUCGUAUGGCCUGGGUUGAACAAGGAUGUGAAAGCUUGGACACAAUCAUGCCUUUGCUGCCAACGUAACAAGGUUCAACGCCACAACAAGUCUCCAUCGGGCAUGUUGCCCAACCCCGAUGCACGGUUCAACCAUGUGCAUUUAGAUGUCGUAGGUCCUUUACCUCCAUCCAAUGUCUAUACUCACCUUCUCACCUGUGUUGAUCGCUAUACUCGUUGGCCGGAAGCCAUUCCUUUACCGAAUGUGCAAGCUAAGACCAUUGUAAAAGCCUUCGUCAGUCGUUGGGUCGCCAUAUUCGGUGCGCCAUCAAUGAUUACAACUGAUCGAGGCGCGCAGUUUGAGUCCACACUUUUGCAAACUCUCCUCAGCUUCCUUGGCUGCACACGUAUUCAGACGACGGCCUACCACCCAGCUGCCAACGGCAUGGUUGAGCGUUUCCACCGUCAGCUAAAAACUGCACUGCGUGCCGCAGAAGAUCCCGAAAACUGGUCAGACAAUGUACCCGUUGCACUUCUUGGCAUUCGUGCGGCACUGAAGUCAGACUUGGACUGA